AAGAUUAGAAAGAAAGCUUCAUCAAGAUCCAUUCUUUGUAUGUGAAAGACAAAACCCUCUAAUGCAUGGAACUUUUGUGCAAUUGUAGAGAGUAGUAAUUACUUGCUCUAAAAAGCUUUUUGUUUCUUCAAUAUUUUAGUCAAAAUAUAUUCCACAACCCUAAUUAAAUUUGCUUUGACCGAAAUGUUCCCUGCCAGUAAUAGUAGUACUGGGAACCCUGUUCCUCAGUACACUUCCUCUUCCUUUCAUAGCUCUUCACCCUUUCUUGGCCUCAAUGGAAACCAAAUUCUCCUUCAUCAAUAUUACCAAAAUCAGUUCUCUAGCCACUACCUGGCAAAGAACACGGGAUUCUCAGCAAACAAUAUUAUCAACUGUCCAAAUAACAAUCAAGAUCAUUGUGACAAUUCCUUCAGGUCAUUUCCCAUCAAGAAGAAAAUCAAGAAAAAAGAGAGGUGUAGUAAGAUUUUGACGGCUCAAGGUCCAAGGGAUCGGAGAGUAAGACUCUCCAUUGGUAUUGCUCGAAAGUUCUUUGAUCUUCAAGAAAUGCUAGGUUUUGACAAACCAAGCAAAACAAUGGAUUGGCUAUUCACAAACUCCAAACUAGCCAUUGAGGAGUUGACUAAUUGGUUAACUCUUCGGGAUCAUCAGUCAAAGAUUUCAGGUUCGAUCCCUAACCCCAUCAACUCACUUCGAAAAAAUGAAGAAGUAAAAGAUGAGGCAACAAAUCAUGUCCAAAUUGUAAGAGAGUCAAGGGCCAAGGCAAGAGCAAGAGCUAGAGAAAGAACAAUCAAGAAAAUGUGGAGCGGAAUUGAAAAUAGCCACAGAUCAUCAGCUAAUUCUCAGAUAAUAUCUAAUUUAUUUGGAAAGAAGGAUAUUAGGGAAAUGGAAGAACAAUUUUGUAAGAACAAAUUACAAGCAAGUGAAGGAGCAAACAAAGAGACAAUUAGGGGAUCUGGAGCUACCAAUAUUAAGAUCAAGCCUUCUUUAAUCUUGGGUUUUCACCCUAAUCUCUGUGCUCCAAUAGAGUCAGGUACCUACUAUGGUAGCUCUUCUUCCAACAAUGGAAACUGCGACAUUUGUAGAAAUAUGGUGAAUCCAACUGAAACUGCUGCUAUGACCACAGUCACUUCCUCACCACAAGGACUUCACAGUCGCUGGAGACCAUGGGACUCAUAUCACAGCAGCCAAAUCUAAUAUGGGGGAAAUGCAAGCUAAGGUUUCGUGUGUUUAUUUCUUUCUCCCUACCUUUCUCUGUGGCCAUAGGUAAUGGGUGUAUAAGUCUUUAGCACAGGCAGAUCUAAGAUUUAGAUUUGUUAAAAUUAUACGCUGCCCUAUAAAUCUCAGAAGGGAUGAUGUGAGGACAGGGUUAUAGCUCAUAUUUAUUCUUGGAUUUACUUUAUAUGCUCUUAGGAAUUUUUGUAAUAUCAAUGUAAUUUUAUUUAUUGCAGCAGAU